AAUCUUGCCCAAUACCCUCCAUAUAUCCAGGAGAAUCAAAUUCGACUUUUCAAGGCGCAGCCGGCUAAAACCAAUAUUGGGGAUAAUGCUCGGUCCGUCGGCAUUGACCCAGAGUCUAUAGAUUAUAUUGUCGCUAGCCAUGCCCAUUGGGAUCAUAUAUAUCCCGUGGGAUCGAUUUUCCCAAAUGCCAAAUUUAUCUGCGGCCCAGGUAGCUUGGCUGUAGCUGAGAAGUCAUGGCCUGCCCAUCUAGAUAGCACGUUUGACGGCCGAAUUUGGGACCCUCAGCAGGCCGAGCUGCCUAUUGAUGAGUUGCCCGAGCCCAGUGCUAAACCCGAAGUGUGGAAGCCAAUUGGGCCAUUCCAACAUGGAUACGACUUCUUUAGAGACGGGAGUUUUUGGCUCAUAAAUGCACCAGGGCAUUUUCCUGGUAAUUUGGCUGCCUUAGUUCGCACUAAGAAUAAAGACGGUAAUCGACGAUGGGUUGUGCUAGGAGGUGAUUGUUUGCACUGCUACCAUCUCCUACACUAUCCCGAAGCACCCUUUGGCGGUGGUCUCACCGUAACGAAAUCUGGCACGUUUCACGAAGAUGGCUAUGGCGCUCGGGAAGUGAUUCGAAACAUUGCAGACCUGAGGAAUGCUUAUAGUGGCGAGCUUUUUGUUUGGCCAGCUCAUGUUGACUCUCUGGAAGGGCAUUGGGAAUUUUAA